AUGAGAACGAAUUUCGACCACGAAAUCGAUAACAAUCCUCAACCGGAAGAUGCUGGAACGAUCACAGUCACAGCCACGAUCUUUGGGGAUGAUGAUGACUUUGACACGCCAUACACGACUAGGUCGCUUUCCAUACAAGACUUCUUCGGUGGUGGUGAUGAGAACGAAGACUCCGAGUGUCAAAUCAUACAAGAAUUGAAGUGUUUCCUGCAGGUGGAAGCAGAUAUCGACGAAGAGGUUAUCAGCGAUGCGAUGAAGAAACUAGUUGUCUACAUUGAUGGUGUAACUUGUUCCACAAGUAGUAGUGGCUAUUCUCUUGGAUGUGCUUUGGCGGUUCAGUUGGAUCUUUUCCCUGAUUCUCAGUCUCAGAUUGAAGAAGCCGUUCAAGUCUCGUUCGAUGAGACCAGUUAUAACACCCGGUUUAGACCCGCCAGCAAGGUCGUGGUCAAAUCCCUAAUAAGGAAAGUAUACAAGAAGAAGAUCGAAAAGGAAAGCAGGAACAAGAAUAAGAAGAUUAGCUUGGAAGAGUGCACAAUUUGUAUGGAAGAGUUUAAGGAUGGUGGAAGACUUGUGCCUUUAGCUUGUGGUCAUGAGUUUGACGAGGAAUGUGUCGUGAAGUGGCUAGAGACAAGUCAUGUUUGUCCAUUAUGUCGUUACGAACUGCCAUGUGAAGAUCAGAUGAGUUAA